AUUGGUGGAUUUGUUCUAUUUUAGACCCUAUAUAACCGUCCUUAUUUUUCUCUUGCUAGAAUUUCCUAGUCAUCUUUCCUUUGUAUUCUUCUUCCAUGUCGAUCGUAUAUGGCGUCCAAGGCCAACUACUUGAAGUUACUGUUGUUGCCUGUAACAAAUUGAAGGACACUGAAUGGAUUUCAAGGCAAGAUCCGUACGUUUGUCUUGAAUACGGCAGUUCUAAAUUCCGUACUCGUACUUGUACAGAUGGUGGAAAAAACCCUACAUUUCAAGAGAAAUUUGUGUUUACGCUCAUUGAAGGGUUGAGAGAGAUUAACAUUGUCGUCUGGAAUAGCAAUACUGUCAAUGCCGAUGAUUUCAUAGGAAGCGGAAAGGUUCAACUACAGAAGGUUCUCUCACAGGGAUAUGAUGAUACUGCUUGGCCACUCCAGACGAAGAGGGGCAGGCAUGCGGGAGAAGUUCGACUAAUAAUGCACUACGCAAAUGCCAUUAAGCCAGCAACAAACCAUGCUCCAUCAGGCUCUCCGUAUGUAACACCAACUCCUGGAUCAUAUCCAUAUUCGGCAGCUCCACCACAUGCAGCUUCUCACCCACCACCUUCUGCCUAUCCAGCACCAUCUCCUUAUUCAACAAUCCCGCCUCCUUCAGCAGCAUAUCAUUCACCAUCUCCGUAUCCCACAGCUCCGCCUCCUUCAGUAGCAUAUCAUCCACCUUCUCCUUAUCCCCCUCAAUCGGCUGCUUAUCCUUCACCUUACUCAUCAGCUUCAGCGUAUCCACCUCAGUCUUAUCCACCACAGGGUUACUCUUAUCCUCCAGGUCCAUACCCCGGAGCCUAUCCUCCACGAUAACUUUGAUUGUAUGCUCUUAAAUGCUUGGACAAGGAAUGUGCACAUACAAGUUCGCACUGAGUUUACAUUUAGUAUUGUGGUAUUAUAUCUUUGUAUGACAUGGAAAUUUCAGGACUUCUUAUGACAUGUUCGUGAUUGUAUGCUGAAAUUGUUUAAUAUCGUAGGAUCUGAAAAGGAUUUAACAGAAGCUUAUUGUGUUGUGCCUGUAUUAUAGGAGUAUUCCCUUAUGUGUAAUGUAUACUAAUCUUAUAUCAGAUAGGUUCAACUAAGCUUUUGUAUAAGCAGUAUGUGCUGCCUCAUAGUCAUUCUUUUUUACAGAGAACAUUUUAGAUUGUGUUUUUGGGAUUUUUACUUCCUGUUAGAAUUGUUGAUAUGCCAGCUUUAUAAGUUGAACAAAGCAGAAUCUUCUUCUU